CCGUCGCCCUCGAAAAGCUCACACGACCGCGCAUUCUUGGGAGCAGGAUCGCCUGCGUCGCCCACCAUGGCGCCCACCGAGACGGCCGAGAUUCCGGACGAUGCCUCGACGGGCGACACGUUCACGGUGCUGAAGCAGUCGCUGGAGCUGGACAUUAGCUUUUGCCCGCGCCGUGUCGUAGGCAAAACAGUUCUCGACAUUCAGCCCAAGAAGGGCCAUUUUCGCGAGAUCGUCCUCAACUCUCGGCAGCUCAAGCCAACGCGCAUCCGGAUCGACGGCCAGACGGCAAGCUACAGCUACUCGAACCUACACGAGCGCCUCACUCUGUACCCUGGCACGGGCCUGGAGCAGUAUCACUUUGCGAAAGAUCGGAUAGCACGCCACUUGGACCCGAAGUCUCCAGCAGAUGAGUUGGUCGUCUUUGUUCCCGACAGGAUCAAGAUACGGGAAGUGCGACCGGAAGAGGUGGGCGAACUGGAGAGUGCUCAGGGUGUCUUCUACGCGCCGCUGAGGCUUGAGAUCGAUUAUGUGCUGGACGACUUUCGCGACGCCUUCCAAUUUGUUGGGGUUGAGGACGGAGACGCACGUUACCCUCAUGCUUUCACCCGGAACUCUCCAUUCCCGGGAACGGCAUCGUGUCUAUUUCCUUGCAUAGACGACGGUACACGCAAAUGCCUCUUCGAUGUUGCUAUUCGGUAUCCGCGGACACUCGGCGAUGCGCUCAGCAAAGCAAAAGCGCCAGCACUGACAGGUGGAGAUGGACAGGUUCUGGCAAGCGGGGUUGAUAAGGCAGACAGCGUUAUGACGGAUAUUGACGAUGAACUUGGCGAUUGGUCUGCCGAGGAAAGAGCCAUGGAAAUGCAAGUCAUCUGUUCAGGCGCUCUGACCGACGAUAUUGCGGACCACGCAGAUGCGUCUCGCAAAACAGCAAGCUUCACCUGCGAUACUCCGGUUCUGCCACAGCAUAUCGGUUUCGUCAUAGGUCCCUUCGAACAUGUCGAUCUUUCAGAGUAUCGCGACACUGCCGAUGACGAACGCCUCGGAUCAAAUGCAGUGAAGGUGCAUGCCUUCUGCCUACCAGGAAAAGAGGAUGAAGUCCGGAAUAGUGCCAUGAUGCUCGCACGCGCUCUCGAUAGCUUUACGGAGCGCUUUCAAAGUUAUGCGUUUGGCAAUGCCUACAAAUUGGCCUUUGUGGACGAUUUGGACUGCGACGCUGCUCACACCGCCUCGUUCUCCAUCUGCAGCACGCGUCUGCUUUUCCCAGAAACCGUCUGGGAACCACUUGAACAUACAACACGUGUUUUGGUGCACGCAGUGGCCAGCCAGUGGAUCGGAGUCGACGUUGUAGCUUAUUCCCCUUACGAUUACUGGAUAAUCAUCGGUGGCUCAUGGUUCAUGGCUGAGCUAUAUCUUCGAGACCUGUUUGGCCGCAACGAUUGGCGUUUCCGACAGAAGCAGAUGGUGGACAAGAUCGUUGCAAUGGAUCAUGAGCGGCCGAGUCUGAUCGAGCUUGGACCACUUCUGCAAUUGCAUCCUGCUGAACAAGACUUCAUGGAAAUCAAAGCCUUGCUCGUUCUCUCGGUUCUCCACAACCGUCUCGUCAAGCAGAGUGGCAAGAAUGGUGUUGACAGGUGUCUGUACCGCAUGCUGUUCAAUGCUCGACAGGGCAAGUACGAUAACGGCGCAAUUGCCACCGAUGACUUCCUCGACAUAUGUGAGAAAGUCGGCCACCAAAAGCUUGAGACAUUUUUCAAACAAUGGAUCGAGGGUUCCGGGUUUCCUACCUUCACCUGUGAACAACAGUUCAACAAGAAGAAACAGGUUGUAGUGCUCACUAUCCAACAAGAACAGAAUGUCCUGGCGCUUGGAAGCACACUUUCUCCUGACGAAUUUGUGCGAAAGACCAAAGAAAGCAUGCACAACUUGGCGCCAACACAGAACUGGCCGGUGUUUCUUGGCCCCAUGACCAUUCGUAUACACGAAGCUGACGGCACGCCUUAUGAGCACAUUGUCGAGAUCAACGCAUCAAAAGUCAAAGUUGAAAUCCCGUACAACACCAAGUAUAAGCGUCUGAAGAGGAACCGGCUCAACAAAGAGCGACUGGCGGCCGCGGCAGGCUUAGACGCGUCCGGUGAUGCACAAGAGGAUGUCACAUUCUACAUGCUGGGUGACGUGUUCGCAUCACCUGAAGAACAGCAGGAGUGGAAACUCGGCGACUGGUCUCCUGAAGUCGAACGUCAACAGGAGGGCGAAGCAUAUGAAUGGAUCCGCAUUGACGCAGAUUUCGAGUGGAUCUGCAAGGCCAAGGUUGUAAUGCCGAGCUAUAUGUACAUCUCGCAGUUGCAGCAAGAUAAGGACGUUGUUGCACAGGCUGAGUCCAUUCAAUUCCUGGCUACGAAGGAAGAUAAACUUAUAUCGACGUUUCUCGUCAAGACGCUCAUGGACACUCGAUACUUUCACGGUAUACGGACCAUGGCUGCUGAUGUUCUGGCCCAGAGUGCGAAACAGAGUCUGGACUGGAUCGGUCUCUUCCAUCUAAAAAAAGCUUUCCAGGAUCUGUUUUGUUUGCCAGGAUCGCCGAUGACAAGAUCCAACGAUUUCUCCGAUCGAAGCCUGUACCUCAUUCAAUGCGCCAUUCCCAAAGCAAUUGCAAGAAUCAAAGGCGAAGACGGCAAAGCUCCCAUGGAGGCGAAACGUUUUCUACUCGAUCUCAUGCGAUACAAUGACAACCGCGGGAACGAUUACAGUGAUGACCAUUACAUCUCGACACUGAUGAGGUGUCUAGCUGAGUGCCUCAUCAGCGUUCCAUCUGGUGUCACGACCGAAUUCGACUUUCGCGCGCAAGCGGAAGAAUUUGACUUUACUAAGAAGGCCAUUGAGGAGCUAACUCGUCAUCAACGGCUGGACGAGUGGAUUCCAACCUUCCAAAAUAUUUAUACAACCACCGGUCUCGAAUGCACGCUGAAGCUGGUGAUCAAUCGAGUCAUGCCGUUUAAACCUUCGGAGUUUUCACAGUACGCCCAGCUCGGCAAUGCGGACAAUGUACGAUUGAAAGCCUGGGAAUGUAUUGUCCGAUUAAGUAUGAUCCGAAAGGACAGCAUGCUAAGGUUUCUGAUGCAUGAAGUUCGAUCAGAUCCUUCACCCUACUUCAGAAAGCAGCUCCUCCUUAUCUUCGAUGUUGCCAUUGGGCAGAUUGCGACAGGAGAAAGCUUCACGCCAAGCAGAUCCCAAGAGGUUACAAGUGGCCUUGUCAUCGAUCAGGAAGCGGACAAUUCUGCCCGUGCUUCGAGCCUCGCACGCCAAUCGCUAGCAGGAGCACUCAACGGACUGAAGCAGGAUCUGGUUAACAACCAAACACUGCGACUAGUAUUGGAAGAGGCCCUCAAUUCGAGGACUCUGUCUCUUGGCGAUAUGACACACCUCCUGGAUUUCUGUGAUAUGAUCUUCCGAGACCGCAGGAAGAAUGCCCUACCCGUCAAGCUUCGCUUUCCACGUUACUGGAAAGUCAAGCAUCUCGGCCAAGCAAAAUUGCAGUUCCUACAGACCGAGAGGUAUCGUACGAAGCCAUUGCAUCCCCUACCUAAAGAGGUACCACCUGCACCUGCAUUUGUACCCGCGGCAGCGCCAGUGUCAGCGCCGAUACCGAUACCACUGCCAAUACCCGCGCCAGUGGAGCUACGUCGAGAAGCAUGUGUCCAGCCGCUACCGGCAGCUAUCGUGGCAUCAAGCGCUGCGGCACCGAAUAUUGUUGCACCACCAAAGCCCAAGCUAUCACUCAAGUUCAGCAAAUCGAGCACCUCUGGGAACGCGUCUUCUCCGCCGCCUUCAGCUCUGUCGAAAGCGAAGCCUGCUUUCUCCCCAUCUGUCAAGCACGCAUCCCCUGCGCCAAUGUCGGCACCACCUUCGCGCAAAGCAUCACCCACACUGCAGUCGGCGGCGGUCAAGCAGGAAUCACCUACACUACCACCGAAACCUUCGAACCCGCUUCCUGUGUCACUGCCGAAGAAGGAUUUGACGCAGGCUUCUGUCGUAAAGAUAUCUGCUCCACUGCCAACUGCUGCGCCAACACCAACACCAGCAGCAGUGCCAGUGCCAGUGCCAGUUUCAGCACCCGCAGCACCUCGUCCAAAACCUGCGCCAGUCAAUAUUCCAAAGGUUAUCUCGGCCCCAUCGCCCAUUCACUCCCCGAUCCCCACGUUAGGCCCUAAGAUUAAGAUCAAGACCAAGACCGUGCCAGGGUCUUCCGCACCUAAUUCUCGGGCGUCGACGCCGGCACCGUCUCGACCCAGUGUCCCGCCACCUCGAACCAAUGCAGCCCCAGCCCCCCCGUCAAGAUCUGCAACCUCAACUCCCGCCCCACGACCGACGCCUGGACCAUCUAAGCAAAGCCAGCCAAAAGCGAAGCGCAGCAAAAUCGUCAAGCUCAGAUUGCCUUCUGAGGUGCUUGCACAAUUCAAGAAUGGGAACAAUAAGAAGAGAAAGUUGGCCGGGAACAGUGAGGACAGACCCUUCAAGCGGCAAAGCGUCGAACCUAAUGGGCUCGUCAAUGGAAACGGUAACACUGGUUUGGUGAGGAUCGAAAGGUCUGGUGGCAAAUUGAUCGUGAGAAUGAAGGUUCCCAGGUUCAAGCUGCCCCGUUCAUAAGUUAAUUCAUAUGCACAAUGUCUGAGGUGGGGGACUCACUGUGCUGGUUGUACGCAUUUUUUCUGGAGUUAAUGGUAUGAGACUCAAUCAGUCUGCAAAAUGGGUACUUAUCGGAUUGUUAGCAUUCAGCGACGGCGUUUUGGGUGGGCCCAGUGGAAGGAUAUACCCACAGUCAAUCACCUUGAGAAUGAAAUAUUGAUAGCAAUGGCAACGAAUGUUCAGCGGAAUCGGUCAAAUUAGACUAUACAUGCAU